GACUCUUUCCAGGCACUCUUCCACUCCGAAUACGUUGUGGUGGCCGAGUUCAUUGAGUGCGUGAUCCCAAUGCUGUACGAAGUCUACCUCGCCGUCCUGUACCACCUCCCAAUCGCUGCGUACUACCCGCAUACGCGUACGCUAACCCCAGAGAAAUUCAUCCGAACUGAGCUCAACAUUAUACUAUACGCGGCUGUUGAGCUCGCGUCGUUCGUUGGACUGGAUCUGCUUCUCCGACGGAAAUUUGGAUUCUCGCCGCUGUACCAGCUCGCGUUCGUAUGCGAAACGCAAGUGCGUACUCUCCAAAGCCACCUCUUCGUCUGGAUCUUGUGUAUUCUGCAGAUCACACUGGUUCACAAUGGUCAGAUGAGAUGCUCGAAACGCUGGUCACGGAUUGGGCCUAGUGACAAACUUGUGUUUGCUGUGCAUGUAGGUGUCGAUCUUGAAGCUCCUUUCAAAUGA